CCAAAAUUAAAAUUGACGCAUGAUAGUAGUGGUGCAUUCCAUAUCGUGUGGUGAUUCGUCAUUCGUCCAAAGAGCAAGCACUAGUCUGGAGUAUCCUUAUGUAUCUACGAAUAUUUUGCCUUUUCCGUUUCGUCCUUGUGUCUAACCAAAUUGAUUGUUGAUAUUAUGGUAAAACCAGUUUCGUUAGUAACCAAUUGUUAAACGCGUUAACAUGCUUCGUGGCCAGUGCGUCCGAUUAGCGCCUGCAAAGAUACGGAAGUUUCCAUUGCUGUGAAGAAAGUGUGUGAAGAAGAAGAACGAAAGGGCCACUCCUGUUUCAUUGUGUCUCGCUGAUGUCGGAAGUUUUUGAGUGGUUCGCUUUACACUAAUUUCGUGCGAAAGUCGUUAGGUGCUAACCGGAUUUUUUCAUUCGCAAAACAUUAAAGAACAGUCAGUGAUAUUAGGAUCGCAGAUCCACUCGCUACUUCACAACAAUGAUGAAAAGCUUAUUCGGCAGGAAAACUGCCAAAGAUAAUGACCGGAACAAAAUAUCGGAGAUUGGGUUGCCCACCAAUGUGGUGCAUGGACUUCAUGUCAGCAAGAAUAAACUUACCGGUGAUUUGGAAGGGCUGCCGAAAGCAUGGAUCAGGAUCAUGGAUGCAUCCAUCACACAUGAUGAACAGAGUAAAAAUCCUGAGGCGGCAUACCAGGCAGUUAAAUUUUACAACUACUCCAUCAAGAAGAAAGAACAGGCAGAACCAUUCAAGCCAUUUAUCACUGAGGAUGCCAUCCAUGAAGAAACUGAAUCAAUCAACCAGUUUCUGGAUAUGAAAAAUGCUCACAAAAGCGAGGAUUCAAUCGAAAGUAGUGAAGAAAAUUUUACAGAAGUUAGUACGCCACCACCUCCAUUGCCCAAGAAGGCAAUGACCCUACCACCGAAGCCACAGGUUAUGCCCAAGCCCACAAACUAUCCAAGGCUCUCCAAGGGAAUUCAAAACCUUAACCUGAUGGAAAGUGGAAACAAAGAGACUAUGAUUAUACAUAGUAAUAACACGGCAUUGGAUAAUCAUAAAAGCGCCUACGAGUUGGUCAAUAAAGUCGACUUGGACGCUGAGAACGAACUUAUAUUGCGGCCAAAGGAACAGAAUGCCCGUAUGCCCAAAACAGAUAUGCAAGUUUACAAAGAGCUGAAACGGAUUUGCAACAUGAAUGACCCUCUGCAACGGUACGAGAAAACUGUUGAAGUAGGUAAAGGUGCAUCCGGAGUAGUAUUUAUAGCGCUUGAUCGUCAAACGUCUCAAAAAGUCGCGAUCAAGACUAUAGAUAUGAAAAACCAAUCGUCCAAAGAAUCCAUCCUCAAUGAAAUCAAUGUACUGAAGGAUUUCAAUCAUAGAAAUUUAGUAAACUUUCUCGAGGCUUACUACCUUGAAGCAGAAGAUCAUCUGUGGGUCAUUCUGGAAUAUAUGGACGGCGGACCGUUGACGGAUGUGGUGACAGAGACAGUGAUGAAGGAUCGUCAGAUUGCAGCAGUUUGUCGUGAGGUUCUGCAAGCGGUCAGUUUUCUUCAUUCGAAAGGAAUCAUCCAUAGAGAUAUCAAAUCAGACAACGUGCUCCUCGCGCUGGACGGCUCAGUCAAAGUUACUGAUUUUGGAUUUUGUGCCAACAUAGAAGGGGACGAGAAGCGUCAAACUAUGGUGGGUACUCCUUAUUGGAUGGCACCGGAAGUUGUAACACGCAAGCAAUAUGGGAAAAAGGUUGAUAUUUGGUCACUGGGAAUAAUGGCCAUAGAAAUGAUUGAAGGGCAACCGCCAUACCUAAACCAAGCUCCUCUGCGAGCGCUUUAUCUGAUUGCCGCCAAUGGGAGACCCGACGUCAAGAGUUGGGAUAAAUUGUCAGACAAUCUGAAGGAUUUCCUCGAUUGCUGCCUGCAGGUGGAAGUGGAUCAGCGAGCAUCCGCGGACGAACUGCUACAACAUCCGUUCCUGCAGGACUGCAUGGAGCUGCGAACCUUGACACCAUUGAUCAAAGCUGCCCGACGUUUACUGAAACGGGACAACUAUAGUUAGGUCGUGCAAUGAAGAGAAAAAAAAGAUGAUACAUGUGCCGAUAUGGCUGUGAAAUAAAGUGCCUUAAAUUUACUACCGAACUUCAUUUUCAAUGAAGGAAGAAACGAAAGUCGUGUGUGAAGUGUGAACAAAAGAUAAGGUUUCGACACUUUUCUUAUGAUAAGAGCCCGUGUUUCAAAGGCAAGACAAGUAAGAUUACAAGAAUGGAAAAAAUGAAAACUGAUUGGAAAUGUAUUUUAACAUGUCAUACUUUAUAGAAUAUGUCAUAUCGUCCAGUAUGUUCAAGAGUGUGUUGUGUGUUGGAAGAAAUUUUGAAGAUAAGAACAUGUAAAUGUGUAGCGAAGUCGAAGUGCAAGAAAAAGAAAUGACUGUAGUAUAUAACUAAAAUAAUGCGAACCGCAACCGUCUUUGACAUUCCCGAAUUCACCGGAUUGUAUGCCAUUGCAAAAAAAAAACUCAAAUCAAUUACUAGAACUAAGGCCAAAAAAAAAAUAGAGUAAGGUGGGCAAAAGUUCGUUUUGAGGUUUCGAAGCCCGCACAAAAUAAAACUCAAUGUUUUAGCACUUGUUUGAAAGGUCUUUUGGAGCCAGAUUUUCCUCUAAAAAAUCACAAAAAAUGGUCUUAUUUUCAAAGAAUUAUAGGUAAAAGUUUGUGAGCCAUUGCCAUAUUGCUGAAUCGUUUUGAACACUUUCGGAAAAAAAUCAUUAUAGCUACGAAUUA